AGUUCCGUCUCUGACUAUACCAAACGGAUGUUUGCGUUCAGAUAUUUAUAUCCCUUAUAAUAUCGUUUGUUGUAUCUGUGCAGACCUAUGCUGAAACAUUGUUAAUGUGAGAGGCCUCACGUCUACAGAGGGAGACUACCCGAAAGUUCGGCUCGUUAACGUUAGUUUACCAAAGAGAGUCGACUGAAACUGACUGGAUAGCACAGUGAUAAUGGUGGGUUGGUGUGCUGUACCGGGUUGUAACACACAGGAAGAUGAAGAUAUUCUUUAUCAUUGCUUGCCGGCGAAUGAUGUGCAAAGAUGCAGACGAUGGUUAGCAGCCAUACAAAAGGAUGUAAAUUUACCAAUGGAGAGGCAUAAAUAUUUCUUAGUGUGUGAACACCACUUCAGACCAGAGGAAUAUGAAAAGGAUUUGAUGGCAGAGACGAUGGGCGCCAAACAUAAGAAAAAGCUCAAAUCCACCGCGAUUCCCACCAUAUUUCCAUGGAAUGAUUACAUUUUGAAGAGAAUUCAGCCACACAGAAAACAUUUGAAUGCGGCCGGAAGUGAAAUGUUUCUGAGUGCAGUUGGCAGACUUGGUGCCAAACCAAAAUGUGAGCCUGGUACAACAACAACAACAGGAGCAGCAUCCCGGAUGUCAACAUCGGUGGUCCAACAACCUGCUGUAGUUCCUGUUGCUUUUUCAACACAGACUGUGAAGAGUGCAGUUGGCAGACUUGGUGCCAAACCAAAAUGUGAGCCUGGUACAACAACAACAGGAGCAGCAUCCCAGAUGUCAACAUCAGUGGUCCAACAACCUGCUGUAGUUCCUGUUGCUUUUUCAACACAGACUGUGAAGAGUGCAGUUGGCAGACUUGGUGCCAAACCAAAAUGUGAGCCUGGUACAACAACAACAACAACAGGAGCAGCAUCCCGGAUGUCAACAUCAGUGGUCCAACAACCUGCUGUAGUUCCUGUUGCUUUUUCAACACAGACUGUGAAGAGUGCAGUUGGCAGACUUGGUGCCAAACCAAAAUGUGAGCCUGGUACAACAACAACAGGAGCAGCAUCCCAGAUGUCAACAUCAGUGGUCCAACAACCUGCUGUAGUUCCUGUUGCUUUUUCAACACAGACCGUGAAGAGUGCAGUUGGCAGACUUGCUAGUUGGCAGACAACAACAUCAUCAGGAUCCAGACGGUAUCAAACUUAUAAAGAAGAAAAAGUCAGUCUUCGUGUCGGCCUAUCGCUACGAACAAGAGUACUUACCGGACCUUGGGAGACAGUUGCAGAUAAUUUAGCGCGGGGUCGUUUCAAAGCUAUCCCUAAAAACCUAAUGGCAAUCCCUGGCCUGGGCCACGCCAUGUUGGAGGAAGUGCUGAAGCUGAUGCCACCUUUGUCACUGGAGGAUGGAGAUCCCGGUUGGUCUGGAGAGAGUGUAGCAGAGACUACUGUUGUGUUGCCGGGCAGUGACGAUGAAGAUGCCGCUGCGCUGACGGACAAUGAGUUCUGGCAGUUCUCCAGGGAGCAGGAUGAGGAUGAUGAGGAUGAAAAGGAGAACAAGACUGCGUGCAGGAAGUCAGUCCAGUGGAAACAGGGAAAACGGUUCUCUGCGAAGAAGUUCUUCGAAGCGCAAAGGAAAAAUAAAGCUGUGCAAACACGUCCUCAUGGAACCCGCGUCGAUGUUUCUCCUGAGAGUGGUGACCUGUGUGUGAACAGAGACUGUCUCCUGCAGCUCUUCCGGUUGUGUAGGAGGUGUGGAUUUGAGUGCAAGGUCAGCUUGCAGGGUCAACAGAGGAGCUUCUCUGUCAUUCAGAUGUGCCCAAUAUGCAGUCACACCAGGAAGUGGAUGAGCCAGCCUUUUGUUGCUGAGGAAACCUCUGGAGAAAGAGAGACAGAGCUACUGGAUGGAGAGGAACCAUGUAAGGACAGAGACCAGGAUGACAGUUGUUCGUUGACGAUGGAAAUCACUGAGGAGAUGUGUGACUAUGAUGAAGAAGUCUGUCCUCGGAGGAAAAGGGGAAAGCAGAGAUCAGAUGAGACCGAGUGGGAGCCGUCUGACGAGGAAGACAUAGUAAUGGACUCUGAUUCUUCUGAGGAUUUGGAAACGGCAGGUUCCUCUGGUCUAACAGAAAAGGCCAACGUUGAUAAUUCUCAGAGCGGAAUAGAGAAAGAAGAGAGACUUGUGGAGUGGUGCACUGACUGUGGAGCCGAGCCUGUGCUCGCCUGCACCACACAGCGCCAUAAGAAGCUGUACGCCUGUGGUAUGUGUGUGAGUGAGGUCCAGCAAGCUGUUGGAUUUGACCGAUUCUACAUGCAGUUCGAGGACCCGGCCAGCUUCAAGGAACAUGUACGACGUGAACACAACACAAAACCUCAUAGGUUGCUCUGUACAGACUGCGCCAAGCGUCACAUCAAGAAGGAUCAUUUGUGUGUGUACAAGAUUAAGAAGCACCGCUGUCUAGAUUGUGGUAAACGCUGUCUGAAUGAACAGGGUCUGAAGUGUCACAGACAUCUCCAUCAGAAAGGCUGUGUUUACCCAUGUAAGUUCUGCCUCGUGCCAUUCAGGACCAAAGAGGACAAGUUUACCCACGAGGAGAACCAUCGGCAUCCUUAUCAUUGCUCAGAAUGCUCAGAAAGAUUCAAGAACAUUAGACUACGGAACAGACACCUUCAGAGCCACAGAGGUCCAACGACAGCCGUCCACAGUGGCCAGAAGCCUCACAAGUGCCAGCUGUGCCGACGCUGGCAUGCCCAGCUGAGCCACCUCAAGUCCCACAUGCGCCUCCACACAGGGGAGAGGCCCUUCAAGUGCCAUCAGUGUGAGAAGUUUUUCAAUUACAGCGUCAGUCUGAAGAACCACAUCCAACUCUAUCAUGGCCCCGGCUCUCAGGAGCAGGAGACAAACUGUGGGACGGCGCAGGAGAAAGAGGAGGAGAGAGAGCGCAAGCGUCACUUUAAGGAUGAUAAUUUGUGUGCGUACAAGAUCAAGAAGCUCUGCUGUCUAGAUUGUGGUAAACGUUGUCUGAGUGAACAGGGUCUGAAGUGUCACAGACAUCUCCAUCAGAAAGGCUGUGUUUACCCAUGUAAGUUCUGCCUCGUGCCAUUCAGGACCAAAGAGGACAAGUUUACCCACGAGGAGAACCAUCGGCAUCCUUAUCAUUGCUCAGAAUGCUCAGAAAGAUUCAAGAACAUUAGACUACGGAACAGACACCUUCAGAGCCACAGAGGUCCAACGACAGCCGUCCACAGUGGCCAGAAGCCCCACAAGUGCCAGCUGUGCCGACGCUGGCAUGCCCAGCUGAGCCACCUCAAGUCCCACAUGCGCCUCCACACAGGGGAGAGGCCCUUCCAAGUGCCAUCAGUGUGAGAAGAUUCAAGAACAUGAAUCUAUGGGACAGACACCUUCAGAGCCACAGAGGUCCAAAGAGAUAUAUUUGUGACAUCUGCGACAAAUGUUUCUCCCAGUUUAAACACCUACAGAAACAUACAGUCGUCCACAGUAGGCAGAGACCCCACACGUGCCAGCUGUGCCAACGCUCGUUCACUGAAAAGAAACACCUCAGGGCCCACAUGCGCUCCAAAUGCCAGCAGUGUGAGAAGUGUUUCAAUCGCAUAGUCCAUCUGAAGAUCCACAUCCAACGACAUCAUGGCACCGGCUCUCAGAAGCAGGGAGAGAGAGUAGGAGGGAGAGAGUCAGGAACCAAACUCUAGUACUGAGCAGGAGAGAGAGUAGGAGGGGGAGAGUCAGGAACCAAACUCUAGUACUGAGCAGGAGAGAGAGUAGGAGGGGGAGAGUCAGGAACCAAACUCUAGUACUGAGCAGGAGAGAGAGUAGGAGGGGGAGAGUCAGGAACCAAACUCUAGUACUGAG